UACCGUACAAGCCGCCCUUGUCCGCCUUCACUUCCCUAAACCCUAAACCACCCACUUUCCCCAAUCCCCACCUCAAUGGAAGAAGCGGACGACGCCCCGCCGCCGUGGAGGCCCAGCAAGCCGGCGGCGGCCAUCGACGGCUCGUCGGGGCCCCUCGCCGCCGCCGCCGCGCGCCUCUCCGGCCGCUCCCGCGCGCUCCCAUCCUCCCGCGACUUCCACUUCUACAACAACUUCCCCUCCUUCAGGUCCCCCGUCGGCGCCGCCGCCGCCAGGGCGGGCGCCUCCCUCGCCGCCCUCGGCGCCGCCCCCUUCUACCCGAAGCGGCACCCGCCGUUCCCCGGGGACGACCUCGACGACGCCCAGGACUGGGUCGUCGGCGUCAUCGACGACCUGGCCGAGCAGUUCGGCGCCUCCAUGGACGAGUUCAAGGCGGCGCGGGAGGAGGAGGAGGCGACUGGCCGGAGGGCGACGGAGGAGGACGGGUUCCAGGUUGUUUACGGCAAGAAGAAGAAGAAGGUGAUGGGCGGCGGCGGCGGCGAGGAGGGGGUUGGUAGAGGUGGUGAGGCGUUUGGUGGUGGUUCUGGCUCGGUGAAGAUGGCCACCAGGGAUAAGUCGGCCGCGCCGGGGGCGAAGGCGAAGGUGCCAUUCCACAUUCCCACCAUCCCGCGGCCGCAGGACGUGCACCGCAUAUUGGUGGACAACUCGAGCAAGCCAUUCGAGCAUUCAUGGCUUGAGAAGAGCGAUGAUGGUUCCCGUGUUGUCCAUCCAUUGGAAAAGAUCCCCAUGGAACAAUUGGUUGACAGAGAUUUUCCUGAAAGCGAGCCGAUAAAGCCUCCUGCUUUGGAUGAUACCCCUUUUACACAUGUCGAAGACUUGAAAUCCUUGGAGGUGCUAGCUACAAAGCUGAAGAGUGCAACCGAGUUUGCUGUUGAUUUGGAACACAACCACUAUAGGUCUUUUCAGGGUCUGACCUGCCUGAUGCAGAUUUCAACUAGAACUGAGGACUUUAUAGUGGACACUCUUAAGCUUCGCAAAUAUCUUGGUGAUUACUUAAGAGAAAUUUUUAAAGACCCAACAAAGAAAAAGGUAAUGCAUGGUGCAGAUCGUGAUAUAAUAUGGCUUCAACGGGACUUUGGCAUAUAUGUAUGCAACCUUUUUGACACAGGCCAGGCUUCAAGAAUCUUGCAGAUGGACCGCAACAGCCUGGAGCAUCUUUUGCAUCAUUUCUGUGGAGUGACUGCAAACAAAGAAUAUCAGAGCGCAGAUUGGAGGUUGAGACCACUUCCUGAUGAAAUGAUCAAGUAUGCUAGAGAAGAUACACAUUAUCUGCUUUACAUAUAUGAUUUGAUGAGACUCAGACUGGUGAAAGAGUCUUCAGAUGAAAAUGAUCUUCUUUUAGAGGUUUACAAGCGAAGCAAAGAAAUUUGCCUGCAACUAUAUGAGAAAGAACUGCUGACACAUUCAUCAUAUCUUUACAUACAUGGGUUGAAAGAAAAUGAAUUUGAUGCAAGGCAGCUGUCAGUUCUUGCUAAUAUAUAUAAAUGGAGAGAUUCCGUUGCUCGUGGCGAGGAUGAGAGCACUGGUUAUAUAUUGCCGAAUAAGACGCUGCUUGAGAUAGCAAAGCAGAUGCCUGCGACCACUGGGAGGUUAAAAAGAAUAGUGAAAUCAAAAAAUUCGUAUCUUGAACGCCAUCUUGGCCAUGUUAUUUCCACUAUCAGGAGUGCCAUUGCAAAUUGUGAUGCUUUUGAAAGUAUAGCUGAGCAGUUAAAGAAGGGACGUCUGGAAGAGUUGGCAGUGGCAAACAUGAAGAGCAACGAUGGAGACACUGAAAUGGUUCCUGCUGAUGAUGGUAAUAACGAUGAUGAUAAUGUUGGCCCGAGUGAUGAACAUGGUGCUGUUGCCAGUGUUGAAAAUGUUGGCGCUGCUUCUCAUUGUACUGGGAAUGUUACAAGUGGAGCUUCUUCAGUUAAUGUACAGCUAGAAAACCCUGCAGAAACUAAGAGCUUAGGAAUCUUGUCGGGUGUUUCUGGACAAGAUAUGGAGGUACUGAGCAAUGGUGAUAGGAAGCAAGUAGCAAAAGCCACAGUUCAAGUGUCAAAGAGACCUACAGCUUUUGGAGCUCUAUUAGGGAAACCAACUUCUGGAAGAAGACAAAACCUUUUUUCAGGGUUUUCAAGCGGGCAGAAUAUGGUGGACAAGAUAAAAUCUUCAGUGGCACUUCCUUUCCAUAAUUUCUGUGGCGGUGCAAAAUCUCCGGCCACUAGCAUUCCAUUGGAAGAAUCAGUGCGUCCUGAACCAGAAAGCAUCCAGUAUAGUGAUCCAGCUUGUCAGACGGAAGAUGUUAUACAGUUGGGCACUGAAACAGAUGGUCCCCAACCCCCAGAAAAUCACAAUAAAGAUGGACAAGGCCACCUUGUACCUGAUGACAUGGAGAUGUCUAGGUCCCCUCCUGAGCAUUCUUCUGCUGGUGCCAAGCAACGCUUCCAGUCACUCAUCGAAAGUAGAAACCAACAACAGAACCACAAGCCACACCAAGAACCAGAAUUUAACCACCAGCUGAAGCCUUUUGAUUACGCUGAAGCCAGAAAGAACAUAACAUUUGGAGAGCGUAAAGCCGAGAGAAUCAAAGACAAUGCAGUGGCCAGGGCAAUAAACAAGGAUUCUGGAGAUAAAGGUAGAACCUCAAACCAAUUCGGUGCUGGAGAGAACGAGGGGAAUCGCCAGAAUCCUCGGGGGCGACAGGCAUUCCCGCCUUCUGGCAACAGAAGUGCUACAUACCAUUAGUUGUUAAGAUGUAUAACCAGAGACAUUGUGUUCUUGUAAGAGGUAUUAUGUUCAUCUUAGAGGGGAAGUGUAUUGUCUCUGGUUUUCAUCGUUAGAUACUUAGAUCAUGGCAAUCUUUUGGGGGACAAUGUAGCGGCUUUCUUAGUGAUCUAUCUUGAGAGAAGUAGGAAAGCCCUUCUGGCUGGUGGUGCUGGGUUUUAACUGAACAUGAUUCAGAACAUUGAGGAUACUUAUACCAGAUAUUGAAUCAUUUCAGUAAAGCACGCAUAUAAAAUAUGCUUGCUUAGAAUGUGGAAAUUUAAGAUGAUUUCAUUAGUAAA